AGGAAGUAGUCGACGAGAAGCUAGCUAGCAUGUUUAAUAUUUAGCUUAGCUGCUUCACUUCAGAAUACAGUACUAACACAUUAACAAUCUCUUGAACGGAUUGUAGCCGUCUUGUCAUUGACGACGUGUUGUUGUUGUUGGUACGUCGGUAGGACAAUAUGAGCGGAGAGAGAGAAACGUUGUUGGAUGGAAUCGAACAGAGUUUGUGGAAUUUAACCGAGAACAAUUUACGUUACCUGUGUGAACGUUGUGGAAUAGCUGGUCAAGAUGGCCUCGACAUUAAAGGGACGAAUUAUCGCUCGUUGCGUCGUAAAAUAGAAGAAUAUUGUGAAAGUGAUGAUUUAAUGAAAUUAGAGGACCAGGGAAUGUCUUGGUUACUCCAACUGCAAAACGACAUCAAAACGAUACAACGAGAUGCUAUCCUCAGGCAGUCGGCGCAAGUGGACACACUGGACGGCACCGAGCCAAGCAGAACCGAGAACGAGGGGGGCGCUGAGAGGUCGACAGACCCGGAUCCAGAGAGACACAUACCACCAGAACGGAGGGAGAAAGACUCAGAAGACCCAUCCUCCAGACAGUCCCCACCCAGUUCUUCAGAACCCCAACUCUCGACGUCAUCACCGGGUCCCGACAGCAACCAUGGUGACCAGAGGUCAAAACUGGGUAGUCUGCGGAUAGUUCUACAAAAAGUUGUUGUCGUCAAGGAGGAGGAAGACGACUGGGAUUGUUGUGUUACAGGUGAGAGUCCCAACCAACCAUCUGCCAGUGAAUAUAGUCCCUCUUCAUCGGAAGAACCAGAACAUUCCGAAUCCGAAGAUCCUGAACAUUCCGAAUACGAAGAUCCUGAACAUUCCGAAUCGGAAGAACCUGAACGACGACGAGUGAAACGCAAAACUAAGACUCACAGCUGCCUCGCGUGUGGGAGGAAGUUUGUCUCCUUGUACACACUAAGGAGACACCAGUACAGGACACACACAGGAGAGGAGACAGAGAAGAGUAAAAGACAGAGUCCUGCUUCAGGAGAACCUGAACAACAGAAGAGGAAAUGGGGAGUCAGGAAGACCCACUCCUGCCCCGAGUGUGGGAGACACUGCCCAUCGUUAUCAGCACUGAAGGUCCACCAGAGAAUCCACACUGGAGAGAAGCCUUACCUCUGCUCUGAGUGUGGGAAGGGCUUCACUUAUCAAAGUAGCUUGAGAUUACACCAGAAGAAAGACUCAGCCGACAAGGUGACCUGCUGCUGUGGACAAGAGUUCUCCUCAAAGUGCGUUCUGGAGGUUCACUUGAAGACGGACACUGGAGCCAAGCCUUACACCUGCUGUGUGUGUGGCAAAGGGUUCGGUAAAAAAGAACGCCUGAAAGAACACCAGCGAUCUCACACAGGAGAGAUGCCUUACUCUUGCUCGUUCUGUGGCAAGGGUUACUACCAAAAACCGGCUUGGAAAGCCCACGAGCGAACACACACCGAGGAGAAGCCCCUGUGCUCCGUGUGCGGACGGACCUUCUCUAAUAAGACUACGUUAAAAGUCCACCAACGAACACACACAGGAGAGAAGCCUUUCCUCUGCUCUGAGUGUGGCAAGGGCUUCCUCAGUAAAGCAUACCUGACGACCCACCAGCGAUUCAACUGUUCCGGGGGAGAAGAACGACGGCGAGCGAAGAGGUUUCACAAGUGUCCGGACUGUGGGAAGGAGUUCACACAAGCAAACAAACUGGAGAGACACAUGAGAACACACACAGGAGAGAGGCCUUACCAGUGCUCUGUGUGUGGGAUGAGGUUCAACCAGAAAGGGAAUCUCAAAACGCAUUUUAAAGUGCACACAGGAGUGGAUCCCAGUUUAGUGGCUGACAUGGAGACUACCUCUGAACAAACUCGGGACAACAGGCGUAAAGCUGGGAGGCCACAACGCUGCCUCCAUCAGCAUGACGAGGAGGGAACCCAAAACCUACCGGCACCACAAACCCACCACCUCCCGGCACCACAGAGGGAGGGAACCCAAAACCUACCGGCACCACAAACCCACCACCUCCCGGCACCACAGAGGGAGGGAACCCAAAACCUACCGACACCACAAACCCACCACCUCCCGGCACCACAAAGGGAGGGAACAUCCCAACACCUCUCGGCACCACAGAAACCCACCAUGUCCCCCAGGGGAGAAAAACACUAUCUCUGCCCUGAAUGUGGCAAGACUUACACCCGGGAAUACGACCUCCGAGUCCACCUCAGAACGCACACAGGAGAGCGACCGUACCAGUGCGAUGAAUGCGGAAAGACCUUUGUUCGGAAACAAGGGCUCCGUCAACACCGGCGGUCACACGCUCCCAAGCCCAUGGGGCCGACCCGUCAGUUGGGCAGACCCGUCAGCAUGGGUUCCAGUAGCAGGAGACCGAACCAAUCACCCAGGAUGGGAAGCUCGAAGCAGCAGUUGCCCAGGGUUGAUAAAGCCACGCCUCCGUUCUCCGGUGUAGAGAGACCCAUGCCGUUCCACACAGUGGAGCGACCCAUGCCGUUACAUCGAGUGGAGAGACCCAUGCCGUUACCAGACAUGGAGAGAGAACACUGGCAGUACUGGCAUCUUUAAACUGCACGGCUAUGGUCUGCAUCCUGUUCCCUGUGUAGUGCACUGCUUUUGACCAGGGCUCAUGGGAGGUUCUGGACCAAAUGUGUAGUGCACUAUAAAUGGAAUAGGGUGCCAUUUUGGACAUUGCAUGUCUCUCAAGACUAAACAGAACUGUUAUUUUUGCUUCUGUGUGUGUGUGUGUGUGUGUGUGUGUGUGUGUGUGUGUGUUGUUGUUGCUUCCUCAUUUAUGGUCAGUAUAAUAAUCGUUACCACUGAGCGAGAUAAUCUUGCCAACUGUAGUUAUAGUAACAUACAUAUUUUUAAAUCAACAAAAAAAAUUAAGCGAUUGCUUUUUCGUCCAUUCUAGUGUUUUAAAAAAAAAAAUAUUAAAAAAAAAAUCUGUUAUUUUACAUAUUUGAAGCUGUAAUGAUGCAACAAUAAGAAUCUACAGAGAAGUACGUGUCAUAAUGCCAGUAUUAAACGGUCGGCCCUUUUUCUAUAUGCCUUAUAACAGAACAUUUUGAUUUCAUUGACAGUAUAAGCAGAGGUGGCUAAGUUGUCAGAGAUGUCAUCUGUUGUCUUUGCACUUCAACCCGGAUGGUGGCGGUGUGUGUGUGUGUGUGUUGCUUCCUCAUCUGUGAUCAGUACAAUAAAGUCUGCUGUAUUGUGUAAGAUAAUUAUUCCAACUGUAGUUGUCCUCCUGUGCAUAUUUUAAAUCAACAAAAAUGAAGUGUUUGCAUUUUA